UUAAUCGUCGUCUGAGCUAGGAUAAUUAGUAAUUACAAUUUCCUUCAUUUUCGCCCACAUUUUCGACUUUUCCCACACCUAAACGGAUCUGUCUUGCGUCAAUUUGAGUUCUCUCCUAUUUCGGUGCCCGGAUUUUUGUUUUCCUACCGAUCUAGUUCCAAGAACUUCGUUGUUUUUUGCGCUUGUCAGUGAAGUGGUUCCUUCUUGUCUCUCUGUUUUCCUGAGGACAAGGAAAAUCCUUUACUCCAGGAGCUGAUAUGCUCCUAGUCAGUUCGUAAAUCAAUGAAAAUCACUCUCUCCCAGAGCAGUCUUCAGAGGCAGGACAGAUGUCGCGGAAAACAAAUUUUGGAAUGACGAAAGGCAACGGAACUGUAAGCAGUGCCACUGCUCGGCUGAAGCAGGAUUACUUUCGCCUGAAGAAAGAUCCAGUUCCUUAUGUUGUUGCUGAACCAUUACCAUCCAACAUCCUCGAGUGGUACUAUGUUGUCAAAGGCCCGGACAACUCUCCUUAUGAGGGUGGAAUGUACCUCGGCCGAUUAGUGUUUCCGAAAGAAUUCCCCUUUAAACCACCCAGUAUCUACAUGAUCACACCAAAUGGAAGGUUCAAAACAAACACCCGUCUCUGUCUUUCGAUAAGUGAUUUCCACCCCGAUAUGUGGAAUCCUGCUUGGAGUGUUGGCACAAUUCUUACAGGACUUCUAAGUUUCAUGUUGGAGAAAAGCCCAACCCUUGGAAGUAUAGAAACAACCUUGUAUGACAGAAAGCAGUUUGCAAUUCAAAGUUUAGAAUUUAAUUUAAAGGACAGGUUUUUCUGCGACCUUUUUCCAGAUUUAGCUGAAGAAAUUAAAGAAGCCCUGAGAAAAAAAGCAGAGGCCGAGCUGGUGGCGAAGAGCAACACAUCCCUGAAUAACUCAUCUGGUAUGAAUGGCACUUCAUUGGCAAACGGCUCGCUAGGUCCAAACGAUGAUUCGGGCGGGCUGAAUGGCGAUCAGGGUCACUUAAGUAGCGCCAUUACCAACAUUUGUGUAAUAAUAGGCUUUGCUGCCUUUGCGUACACUGUCAAGUAUGUACUUCAUAGCAUAGCAACAGACUGAAUUCUCUCCUGUAAGUAUGCCUCCCAUUGCGUCCCUUGAUGGAGAGCUGACUCCCUAUCUCCCAAGGAGUACCGAUACAAUUACGGAACUUCCAAGUGCUCUAGGAAUCAAUGCAUCUGCUUUGAGGUGAUCUUGUAUCGUAGGAUAAGGUUUGAUCCUCACUUUGGUGAUUCUUUGGUUGAUAUGUUCGUUGCUUUGUCUCAGGAAAUGGCACUAGAACUUCCAAUAAUGAUUUCAAAGUUGAUUCAGCACCAUACCAAUAUUGUAGCAGUGAGUAUAUCCAGGCACAAGUUUUUUUUCCAUGGGAAAGUUCGAUUUUGGAUAAAUCAUAACAACAGCAUUUGUGCUCUAUCAAAUUCUGUCGUUCCUUCCAUCUUACAAACUUCAUGAGAACUCCCUGCAGUUUCCAAAUAGGUUUUUAGUUUUGCCACACUGCAACUUGCGUCUCUUGUAGAUCAUAACAUUUAAAAGUUCUCAAGAUUGCAUUGAAUGGUUGAAUGUGGUAAGACCAUCCCAAUGAUUUCAAUACAUUUUUUUUGAAAUGCUGAGACACACUUUCAGGCAUUUAUCUCUAAGUUAAAAAGAUUUUUUUCCACACAGAACAACCAGUUGAACUUAAAAUGAUUGAAAAAUGAUAAAACCCAAAAGUAAUUCGACAGGCCUUUUAAAUGUUCACAUUGUUUAUAAAUGAAUUUUCCUCUCAAGAAUCCGUCAUUAAAUUUUUGAUUCGUGCAGUUUCGUUGAUUGUUAAAAUUGAAUUGUUACGGUUUAAAGUACAAUUUUUUUUUCAUGAUUCUCUUUGUAUGAUUCAAAAAGAAAAGAAAAAAAUCUGUUCAAACCUGCCAUCAUUCAGUGCUAGAAAUGGUCUAAUUCUGGCAAUAAAUAAAGAAAACACUUGAUGAUAACUUGUAUUGCAUAGUAUUUGAGAUAAAAUUAGUUUUCCAUGACUCUGCCAGUUUUUACUGGCAAAAGAUUUUAAAAUAAGAAAACGCUUAUUUGCGAGUUCAAAUACGCUUUUUAUUACUAUUCAUGGCAUUUUCAUAUUGGAGGGGGAAGGGGGCCAAUAAAUUUCAAGAAUGAUUUCAAUGAUUUUUUUCUGAUGAGCAGUUUUUGUUUUCUCUUUUUUUUUGGCAAAAAAUUAAUGUAAAAAUAAUUCAUUUGUAUUCUCAUGUAUUAUUGUAUGGUUUUUCAAAAUUGUAGUGUAGGCAAACCUGUCAUCAAUAGUGCUUUGGAGGGUUAUUGAGUAAGAUCAAGUAUCACCUUAAAUCCCCCUAUCAAUUUUCUGAAAAAUGGUGCUGUUACUUUCUGUUUUUGGUGGUGGAAUGAAGGUACCUAGGGUUAGAGACUGCCUCUGCCUGAAACCUCUCACCGAUUUCAUAGUACGCAGUGCUUCAGUCUGCAGGGCUAAGAGAAAAGUUGGGUUAAAGAUGAGCUUAACCAAAACUAACUUUUUUUGCUUUUUUUUUUUUUUUUUAAAUUGGAUGGAUUUAACGGGAAUCAGUCUAACUACAUCAGAUGUUGUCUAAUUGUAUCACAUGGUCUGUAUGUUUUUAACAAGAAGACUAAGCAAUAUUCUGACUUGAAAUUUUGUGAGUAUUUUCUCAUGUAUGAUGUAUGGAAAAUAUUCACCAAACAUUUCAAGGGGUUAUGUUUUUUUGAUCUCCGUCAAAAAAUGAAGACAGAAAGCAAAAAAAAAAAAAAAAAAAAAAAAAAAAAAUGGCAGAAAUUAGGCAAAGUGAAAUGCUGUUAGGCUGAUUCUGGUUGAAUAUGGGUCCAUUUGCGAAAUCUAUUGGCACAAAUUCGGAAGUUUUGAUAAUAGAAAAAUUUCUUGAAAAGUGAUAUGACAUUCAUGGUUGCUCUGAAUCAAGGGACCAUCCCUCUUCCUUUCGAAAUGUUAUUUUUUACUUAUUUUAUGUACAUUUCAGAUCUAAGCUCUUGUUUUGUAUCACCUAUUAUGAUUAGUAUUCCGGCAGGCGCCCCUCACAUUACCUAUUAAAGUGAUAAAUCUAAUUAGCCUCCUCAAGUAUCCUCCGUUUUUUUUUCUUUAAUUCAUAAAUGUUUAUGAUACAUUUAUUCUGAGUUAGUUUUAUUAUUCUUUGUGAAAAUAAAUGUUAUAUUUUUGUUUCAUCA